UUCAAAAUGGCGUAUGCCCAGGAGGAAAACACAUGGUCAAAGGCUGAUUUCAAAACUGAAGUACCGUAUACACAUAGUUCACUUUUCGGAAAAUGUAAAAUUUCUUAACAUGAAUAUUUCAAAAUCAUGUGAUGAAGAUGUUACUGUAAGGACAUCGGAAUCAAACGAAGAAUUCACAGAAGAAAAGAUACCAAAGCAAAAUGUAAGACGAAGACGUCGACUUCCUCGCUUGGAUUUCAAUCGAGAUUAUUGGCCGAACGUGCCAUUCAUGGGAAGAAAAAGUUCGAGUUCUCAUCAACAUGUUGUUUUGAAUGAAGAUUCCAGCCCGAUAAGUACGCUGGAGCGGAAUAUUGAAACCGAAAAAGCACUUACUAUUAAACCAAGUCUGGAGAGAGUUCUUGCUUUUGGACGUCGAGCGAAACUUUCACUGUCUAGCUUUGGCCGUUGUCUCCACAAGAAUACCUCAGACGAGUCUGCUGAUGACGCAGAAAUAUAUGUCAAAACGACCGAACCUAGAUUGGAAUUACUGACCCUGACGUCGGUAACUAAUGAGAACGCAGUGACCCCAAGUAAAAGUUUGGAUUCAACUUUAGAGGAAGAGGUAACGAGGGAAACGCCCUGUCUGACCCCUGAUAAAGAGAGCACACCACGUGGUGUAAAUUGAGACACACUCUGGUUAUUGGAAGUGUUAUAUCGGUGAACUGUUGUGAAUACAGUUAUAUUUUGAAUCGUGAAGACGAA